CGCUGUGGCUUCUCCAGUGGCAGCCACAGCGGCCACUUACCUGCGGCUGCAGGUGCCACUGUUUGAGGCAGCAGUCACCGACCAGCCGCUGUUUGUGUGGUAUACUGGGAAAAGUUUUAAACCUGAAGUGAAGUGAGUGGUUGGUGUGGCUCCCACCGGAAAAGCCACCGUGAGCUGCAGCAGGCACGAUAUGAGCCAGCCCCUGCUGCAUCAACGACGAUGGAUUCAAUAAAAAACACCAGUGAACUGUACUUUAACUGUCAGCGAGGGCUUACACUCAUUCUUUCUCUGAGGCUGAGGGAGGAAAAGAGGAGGGCAUUGUACAAACCCCUCAGUGUGUACAACACUCAGUAUCUCAUACAGUACCAUCAUGACCACAAGAUGUGCGCUCCUGAUUCUGGCAGUCCUUGCUGGAUCCUUUGGUCACUUUACAGACACUGUCAACACUGAUGUAAGAGAAAAUGAACAAUCAACAGAAAAUUCAGAGAAGGCAGAAAGUUACAUGUCAAUACUUUGCUCACCAAUACCUGGAGCUCCAUCCUCCUCAGUCGAUGCGCUCAGACCUGCGGAUAUCUCGGCUGUUUACACCUUGGGCAUGCCGCUGUCACACAGGCACGAGGCGUCCAGAGUGUUCAGUAGACUAACUGAGUUGCUGUCCAUGUUUACUCCUGAAAUUAUACGUCAGUCUGUGGGCCAAACCUCAUUGCAGCCCAGGAGUUUGUUGGAGGAGGCUGAAGAGCUGUCUCUGACCCUGUCACAUCAGGACUCAGACUGGAAGUUCGUGCUUCUGUUUGUCCCGGCAGAUUCCCUGUGUGCCUGUUCACCACAUGUUGCUGCAGAUGUUGACGCUGUUGUUCAGGAUGUGGAAGCAUCUCUGCAGACACUGCAAAAUAUUUCGCAUCACGCUUUGGUUCAUGUCACAGUGUGGAGCACAUAUGAUCAGCAAGACAAGCGGUGUGAGUGUAUGAGAGAUGAAAGCAUAAACCGACGAUUACACAAAGCAACACUUCUAAAAACACUGCAGGACUCUUUAGGUCGCGUCUUGGAAAACCCAAGGUGGCACAGCAAGAGUGCAGCGGACUUCACCGCCAUGCUGCAGUCUGCUCCAGUCAUCCUCCAACCCAGCCCAGAUUCCGACAACACGAGGUCUGAAAUUAACCAACUCGCUCUUCAGCUAUGGACAAACAUGCUUCAGCCAAUGACAGAUCAGACAGAGCUCACGGACAACAGUGUCGUCGCUAUUCCUUGCCCGACCCAGGAACAACCUUUCCUGCGGACACAGACAAAUUCCCCCUCCGACAGAGAAAAGACAGUUUACAAUGAAGCCUCCACACUAGCAGAUCUUGUCAUGGGUACUGAGGUGCCUUGCACAGACCGCAGUCCAUCUCCCAUCACUCCAGGUUCAGUUCAUGAACUCAGACCUGGAGAUAUCAAGGUGGUGGCAGCAGUAGGCGACUCUUUGACAGCAGCCAAUGGUGUGGGUGCCAAGGCAGACAACCUUCUGUUAGUGAUCAAUGAGUACAGGGGACUGUCAUGGAGCAUUGGUGGUGAUGAAAACAUUACUUCUGUAACCACUCUGCCAAAUAUCCUGAGGGAGUUUAGCUCGAACCUGACUGGCUUCUCAGAGGGAGUAGGCAGCGAGGACAGUCCCAAGGCCUUUCUCAACCAGGCCGUGGCCGGAGCUAAGAGUGGUGAUAUGGUGCGACAGGUGCGCGUUCUAGUGGACAAAAUGAAAGAAGACGUGCGCAUUGAUUUCCACAAUGACUGGAAAGUUAUCACCAUGUUUAUUGGAGGCAAUGACUUGUGUGACUUCUGCACAGACAGCGUUAUUUUCUCGCCCAGGAACGUUGCCAGUCGUAUCCGCCAAGCUCUGGACAUACUCCACAGUGAAGUGCCCCGAGCCAUUGUCAAUCUAAUAGAGCUGUUAGACAUUGUACCACUGCGUGAUCUGCACAGAGAUAAGUCUCUGGGCUGUCCCACCUGGUUUGUGGGCUUAAUUUGCCCCUGUGUACUGAAACCUAAAGAGGGAUCCUCUGAACUCCACAAGGUCGAAGACUUCAACAGAGCUUAUCAGCGCGCAAUGAGAGAGCUACUCGACUCUGGGCGUUAUGACACACGCGACAACUUCACCGUGGUGCUGCAGCCCUUCAUGAGAGACAUUGUCCUUCCCAAGCUAGAGAACGGCCGGCCCGAUCGCUCGUUCUUUUCACCCGACUGUUUUCAUCUCAGCCAGAAAGCUCACACUCUCAUGGCUCGUGCCCUUUGGAACAACAUGUUAGAGCCAGUGGGAAACAAGACUGUUACACAAGACUUUACAGCAGGCAUUGACUUGAAGUGCCCCUCUGAGACCAGCCCAUUCUUCAGGACUGCCGUCAACAGCAACUACACCUUCCCAGGCCCUCCACCCACUCCUGCUCCUGUCACAAACUGGGGAAGUGACUUCUCCUGUGUAAACACAGCUCCGUCCAACUCUGUGCCGACCUCAGCUCACAUGGUGCGGCCUGCAGACAUCAAGGUGGUGGCUGCUCUGGGAGACUCUUUAACAACUGGGUUUGGUGCUAAGGCAAAAAGCCUGCUGCAGCUAAGAACCGAGUACAGAGGAGUGUCAUGGAGCAUCGGGGCAGACAGAACUCUUGAAACGGUCACAACUUUACCCAACAUCCUGAAGAAGUUCAAUCCUACAAUCAAAGGAGCGUCAAAGGGACAAGGUAAAAAGCAGACUGGCUUCAACGUGGCAGUGCGAGGGGCUAAGAUAUCAGCCAUCCCAGGACAGGUCCGACAGCUGAUUGAUACCAUGAAAAAUGAUUCUUCAGUGGAUUUCCUCAAUGACUGGAAGCUGGUGACCCUUUUCAUCGGAGGCAAUGACCUGUGUCAGUACUGCAACGACCGGGCCUCCUUGUCAGCUCAGAACUACAGCCAUCAUAUGAUGACAAGCUUGGACCUUUUGUACAAAGAGGUUCCCAGGAUGAUAGUCAAUGUCGUGGAAAUCUUGGAAAUCGAAGGCCUUCGCACAAUCAAAAAGGAUAGUUUUGGGUGCAACGUGUUACAAACGUUCGUCUGCCCAUGCUUCUUACUACCAGGAGCAGAUUCCCCAGAGCUGGCUGAAGUAAAACGAUUAAAUCGGGAACUGCAGGUUGAGACAGAUAAAUUGGUGUACGGAGGCCGCUAUGAGGGCAGAGAGGACUUUGCUGUGGUUGUGCAGCCCUUUUUUCAAAACUCUAUUGUUCCUGUGAAUGCUGACGGCAGGCCUGACCACACCUACUUCUCUGAGGACUGUUUCCACUUCAGUGAACGGGGACAUGCUGACAUGGCUGUAGCUCUGUGGAAUAACAUGUUCGAGCCAGUGGGUAAAAAACAGACAUACAACAAUUUCACAAAUGCCAGAAACAACAUCAGAUGCCCCACUGAGGAGCAUCCAUACAUCUUCACCAAGGUGAACAGCUUGCCAACUUCAACGACCACUGCAGCACCCAAAACCGACAGCUCCACGACGCACAACAUAGCCCAGCCCCUCACCCCUGAUUGCUCGGACAGCGUGCCAGUGUGGCUCGCCGCAGUUCUGCCGGUCAUUGGUCUUCUGAUUGGCUGCGCUGUCACUUGGCUCAUCCUCUCGUGCAGAGCCAAAAGAAGCAAGAGGAUGAGGUCGGCUGAAGUGGAGAUGAGGGUCACAGGGUUUUAAUGUGUCGCCUACUCUUUUUUGUUUUUUUGCGCUGAACUGCAGAAAAAUGAGGAAAAUGACAAAAUGUCAUUUUUAAUGGUUGUAGAAAGCACAAUGUGAUGAUAAGGCAGUUUUUAACGAUAAAACAUGAUAAGAUAGCCCUGUCUGCUAUGUCUAGAGAAGUAAAUUAUUGUCCACACAGCAAAUAUUACUGGUUGCAGAGGUGAAAGAGGUGGAACGAUUUUAGUAAGGUGUCUUUGAGUUUUUAGUCCUCAUGAAGGAUGGUUCCCUUCACAUUUUCAUAUCACUGCUGUAUUAAGCUGUAAGGCGUAUUUAAAUGUUGUAGCUGGUCUAACAACUGACUUCAUGAAACAAUACAACCCACAACCAUGCACUCUCAAUCAAACACAGGUUUCAUUUGCAAAAAUAAAGACUGAGCUUUUCUGGCUUUACAUUAACUUAUUCCUGCUGAUGUAUUUUUAAUUUUAUUAAAAUAAGUCAAGUUGUCAGAUGAAUGUGUAUGAGUAACAUAUACAAUACUUGCAAAUGAUUUGUUUGUUUUUUGAAAAAUAACCUUAGCCUUUGAUUGUAACUUUUGUCUUAUGGUUAUUUGAAAUAAAUUAUUACCAAUAA